GGACGGAUACGGCAGCGCGCUACUACGGGCUGCUCACUGCCUGCCUCGGUCGUCGCAGAUACGUUUCCUCGUCACAGUGAUGGCGGCCGUUCCCCACCUCUCUGCUCCCGCCGUUCCCUCUCGUCCAAGCGAUGGCAUCCUCAUUGGCGACCGGCUGUACUCCCAAGUCUACCUCACCAUUGAUAACUCCAUCAUCCCCGAGGAGCGGUUGUCGCCGACACCGUCUAUGCUGGAUGGCCUAGACCUGAACACGGAGACCGACCUCCGCAUUUUGGGCUGUGAGCUCAUCCAGUCAGCCGGUAUCUUACUCCGCAUGCCGCAGGUGGCCAUGGCGACCGGGCAGGUGUUAUUCCACCGCUUCUUCUAUUCCAAGUCAUUUGUGAAGCACAGCUUUGAGAUUGUUGCCAUGGCUUGUAUCAAUCUCGCUUCCAAAAUUGAAGAAUCUCCCAGACGAGUUAGAGAUGUGAUUAAUGUUUUUCAUCACUUGCGCCAGUUGAGAGCAAAACGGACCCCAAGUCCUCUGAUACUUGAUCAAAGCUACAUAAACACCAAAAACCAAGUCAUCAAGGCAGAAAGAAGAGUGUUAAAGGAGCUGGGAUUUUGUGUUCACGUGAAGCAUCCUCACAAGAUGAUAGUUAUGUAUCUCCAAGUCCUAGAGUGUGAAAGGAAUCAGACCCUUGUUCAGACUGCCUGGAACUACAUGAAUGAUUGCCUUCGAACCAACGUGUUUGUAAGAUUUGAAGCAGAAACUAUUGCGUGUGCUUGUAUAUAUCUUGCUGCUAGAGCUUUGGAGAUUCCAUUACCAAAUAAACCACACUGGUUUUUACUCUUUGGAGCGAAUGAAGAAAGCAUUCAAGAAGUCUGUGUCUCCACUUUGAGGCUUUAUAGCCGUAAGAAGCCAAAUUAUGACUUUCUGGAUAAGGAAGUGGAAAAGAGGAAAGUUGCCCUGCAAGAAGCUAAACUUAAAGCAAAAGGGCUAAAUCCUGAUGGAACACCGGCUCUUUCUUCCAUGGGAGGUUUCUCUCCAGCAUCUAAACCAUCAUCUCCAAGGGAAGAAAAAGCAGAGGAGAAAUCUCCAGUACCUACAAAGAUUAAACGUGAACCAGAAGAAAAGCAGUCAUUGAAGAGUCCCUAUAAUGGCUUGAGAAAAGAAAACAAGAGAAGUGUGAGCAGGUCACGAUCACGAACAAAGUCAAGAUCCCGCUCUCCAAGGAGACACUAUAAUAACAGGAGGAGCCGAUCUGGAACUUACAGCUCAAGAUCAAGAAGCAGAUCUCGUACUCACAGUGAGAGUCCACGAAGACAUCACAAUCAUGCAUCCCCACACCUUAAACUAAAGCAUCGAGAUGAUAUGCGGGGAUCAAACAGACAUAGCCAUAAACGGAAAAAGUCUCAUUCCCCCACCCCAGGCAAAUCCCGGGAACAUGGUGAUCUUUCCAAAAAGCACAGACAUGACCGCAGCCACCAUCGGGAUAGAAGAGAGAGGUCUCGUUCAUUUGAAAGGUCACACAAAAGUAAACAUCAUGGCAGUAGUCACUCUUCGCACAGCAGGCACAGGCGCUAAAUGCCAAACCAAAAGGGAAAUAAAUG